CCCCCUUCUGCUGCCUCUCUCUCUUUCUCUCUCUCUCGUUUUCUCUCUCUACUUAUUUUUGCGUGUUUUGAUUAUAGAAGAUGAGAAAAAUUUAUGAAAGAAAAAGAGGGAAACAAGAAAUAAAUGCUGUGGAUAUGUGUGUGUUUGUGUGGGCUUGACAGCAAGGCAUAUAGAUGAACCUGAGUACGGCAUCUUUUUCGAAAACUUCAUUUCAUUUCAGGAAAAAGGAAGAUAGCAUUUUUUAGCUCUAGCUCUAGCUCUAGCUAGCCAGCCAUGGGUUGAUAUAUGCAUCUCUCUCUCUCUCUCUUUCUCUUUUAAUAUUUUGCUUGAUUUUGGUUGCUUAUAUAUAUGUGUGUAGUUCGGAUGAUAUGUUUUUGGUUUUACUUUUUGAUUAAUUUGCAUAUAUAGCUAGGAGUUGAGAAGAAGAAGUUGUUCAUGAAUUCUGGGAUAAGAUUUGGAAAGUUCUCAAAUUGCAUGUGAAUAUAUAUUGACGGGGUUGAUUAAUUAGUACGACAAGGGAUUGAUUCAAUGGCAGCUUCUUCUUCAUCAGCAGCGGCACCUUUUCUUGCAAUGAGAGACCAAGAACAGAAUCAGAUGAAACAAAAUCAUUCAUCAGCACCAUCUUCAUCAACCGCUCCACCGCCCCCGCCGCCAAAGAGAAGAAAAAAUCAGCCUGGAACGUCAAAUCUAGAUGCAGAGGUGAUAGCACUAUCUCCCAAGACCCUAAUGGCUACAAACAGAUUCCUUUGUGAGGUUUGCAACAAAGGGUUUCAAAGGGAGCAAAACCUUCAACUGCACCGAAGAGGACACAACCUGCCUUGGAAACUAAAGCAGAAGACAACAAAAGAGGUUAAGCGUAAGGUGUAUUUGUGUCCAGAGCCCACAUGUGUACACCAUGACCAUUCAAGAGCACUUGGAGACCUCACUGGUAUUAAGAAGCAUUACUCAAGAAAACAUGGAGAGAAGAAGUUCAAGUGCGAAAAGUGCUCUAAGAAAUAUGCAGUACAUUCUGAUUGGAAAGCUCACUCAAAAACCUGUGGUACUAGAGAGUACAGAUGUGACUGUGGCACUCUUUUCUCAAGGCGUGACAGUUUCAUCACCCAUAGGGCCUUCUGCGAUGCACUUGCUCAAGAGAGUGCAAGAAACCUCAAUCCAACCUCAUUAAGAAGCAUUGGCAGCCAUUUAUUUGGCAGUAGCAACAUGAGCUUAGGCAUCUCCCAAAUGUCCACCGGACAUGAUCAAAACCAGCAGCAAGCAAUAUCAGCUGAUUUACUACACUUGGGUAGUGGAAGAUCUGGCCAAUUCGAUACCCUCAUUGGCUCAACCUUUCAGCCUUCCCAAACAUUGCCUUCUUCAGCUCUCUUCCUGCCCGAAUCGAGCCAUGAUAGUCAAUCUUCACAUGGGCUACCGUCGAAUAAGUCACUUCAUGGCCUAUUGCAACUUCCUGAACUUCAGAAAAAUCCCAACUCAUCUUCGUCAACAACCAGUCUGUUUAACCUCAGCUUCUUUUCGAACACUAGUGGCAUCGACAAUAACGAUAGCAUUGGCAACAGCAAUAACAGCAGUAACAUAUCUUCAUCCUUAUUGUUUCCCAAUCAUUUCAACAAUGGACAUUCCAGUGGCACUGGAGGCGGAGAAGGAUCCAGCCUUUUCUCUGCAGGUAAUCUCAUGAAUACUGAUCACAUGAGUGCUUCUAUUCCUUCCCUCUACAUCUCAUCCCUUCAAAGCCAGUCAAUCAGUGCGACACAAAUGUCUGCAACUGCACUUCUUCAGAAGGCUGCUCAACUGGGUUCGACAACAAGCAACACCAGUGCUUCACUGCUGAAAAGCUUCGGCACCUCAUCCUCAAGCGUCACAAAAUGCGAUUAUCCUCUUCAUUCCGCGACUAACUUUGGAACGAUCUUCGGGGAGAAUAAUGGGAAUCAUUUCAAUGACCUAAUGAGUUCCAUAACUGGUGGAAAUUCAUCCAUUUUCGGAGGCAACCCCGUAGGGAUCAACACUCAUCCAUAUGGUGGUAAUGAACAAGAGAAUGACUAUGGAGGAUACAGCACGACCAAUAAACUCAGCUUUGAGCAGCCAUUGGAGAAACGCCAGAGUCCAAGUUUCAGCAACAUGGAGCAAGGUAGAUUGACGAGAGAUUUUCUUGGAGUCGGGCUCGUUGGGGAGAUAGUGAGAAAUGUAAGUGGUGGAUUUGGGCAGAGAGAACAGCAACAUGGCAUGACUUUGAGCUCUAUGGAUUCAGAAGGAAAGACUGCGCCGAAAAACCAACCUUUCGGAGGCGGGCACUUUCAAUGAAGAAAAAUAUAUGAACGAGAGAAAGCAUGAAAGUACAGGAACUUCGACUUUGUUCAAGAGGAUGCUUGCUUUGUUGAUGGAGCCAAGCCAACUUUGAAGAAGGUAUAUAUAUUGAAAGACAAGUAGAAUGCCGUGAUUAUGAUAAACCUAGCAGGACAACUUGUUUAUGUAUAACUUUUGUGCAACUCUCUUUGUGUUUUCUUAAAUUUUCGGAAAAAUAGACAAGGGAGGAAUUAACUUCUAGAAAAAAGGUUUUAUAUUUUUGUUUUGGAUUA